CGCUCAUCGACAUUUCCUCACCACCAUCAUGCGCGCGCUCUCCACUCUCCGGCCUCUCGCCGGUCUCCACCGCGCCCUCCCCGCUCUCCCCGCCCAGCGCAGCUUCGGCUUCUCGAGCGGCUCCCCCAGCGGCUUCGGCGAUGACGCCUUCCCGGUCGUGCGCGAUGCGCUCGUCCCAAUCGUCGUCGAGCAAACUGCCCGCGGCGAGAGGAGCUACGACAUCUUCUCCCGCCUCCUCCGUGAACGCGUCAUCUUCCUCGGCGGACCGGUCAUGGACUCGAUGUCCUCGCUCAUCACUGCCCAGCUCCUCUUCCUCGAGGCCGAAGACGCGUCCCGACCAAUCCGGCUGUACAUCAACUCGCCGGGCGGGAGUGUGACGGCUGGCCUUGCCAUCUACGACACCAUGCAGUACAUCACAAGCCCCGUACACACGUUCUGCUUGGGACAGGCGGCAAGCAUGGGCUCGCUCCUCCUCGCAGGCGGAGAGAAGGGCAAGCGGUACGCACUGAAAAACUCGAGCGUCAUGAUCCACCAACCGUCCGGCGGGGCGAGCGGCCAGGCAUCAGACAUCGCGCUCCACGCGAAGGAGAUCCUGAGGAUACGCGCCGUGCUUACCGACAUCUAUGCGGAACACUGCCAACGCGAUGAUGAGACGCGCGAUGCUGCGCGCGACCGUUUCGAAAAGGCGCUUGAGCGUGACUACUUCAUGACGGCAGCCGAGUCCGUAGAGUUUGGCAUCGUAGACCGCAUCGUCGAGCGGCGCGCAAAGGACGAAGCCGAGGAUGAGCCAAAGCCGUCCGAGGCACAGGAGGGGGAACAGAGCAGCUAGACUUGCAUUGUAACGGGUUCGCCAGCAGCAAUCACCACGCGCCGACAUCGUUUGGGUCGACCGGCGAGUGGAGCUCCCCUAGCGUCGGUGUGACACGCAUGCAACAACCCCGACGCGA